CCUCUUUCAUUAAAGUAGUUGGGAAAUGUGAGCCCGCCCCCUUUCAGGAGUAAAACCGAUUAUUUCUCCUCGCGCUAAGAGAGGGUGAGGGAGAGACUCGACCAGGAUUGUGGGAGCGAUCAGAAACAGCCCUCACAACAUCAUCAGCUACAGACGUCCACGGCUUUAACCGUCCCAUUCCUUUCGCCGACACAUCACUGGAGACCAAGCAACCAUCCUCACUGUCCUCAAAUACACUUUCAGACGAGAGACCGACUAGUUUUUUGUUGUUGUCAUUUUAGACACAAAUAGGCGACUUUUCGGCACGGUUCUUUUUCAUGUUGCGUUCCUGCCCGUGCUGGAUUUAAGUGCGUCUUUGCGAAGUCCAUCCUUGGCACGCAACGGCUUCCUCAACGCUGUCAUUCGGCCGGACGACACAGCCGGAGACUGCCUGUGGUAUCUCGCACUUACCGGACAGAUUUCAUGCAUAAUAAAAUACGGAUGCUGGAAUCUUUGAAUUGAUCGGAGCAAGUAAAGAAGAAGAAAGAGCAGUUUGAGGAAAGGCAGAAGAAGAGCGAGGGAAGAAAGCGUAACGUUCUUUAGGGAGAGGAGAGAAGAAAAGGACGGGACGAUGGGGAGGAAAAAGAUUCAGAUCACGCGGAUUAUGGAUGAACGCAACAGACAGGUGACAUUUACGAAGAGGAAGUUUGGCCUGAUGAAGAAGGCGUAUGAGCUGAGCGUGCUGUGUGACUGUGAGAUCGCCCUCAUCAUCUUCAACAGUACCAACAAGCUGUUCCAGUAUGCCAGCACCGACAUGGACAAGGUGCUGCUCAAGUACACGGAGUACAACGAGCCCCACGAGAGCAGGACCAACUCUGAUAUCGUGGAGACGUUGAGAAAGAAGGGUCUAAACGGCUGUGACAGCCCUGACCCCGACGCAGACGACUCGGUCGGCCACAGCCCCGAGUCUGAGGACAAGUACAGGAAAAUAAAUGAAGACAUUGAUCUGAUGAUCAGCAGACAGAGACUGUGUGCAUUAAGCAAGAAGGAGAACAAAGGUGGCGAGAGCCCGGAGCUCGAGUCUGCUCUCACCCUCACCCCGCGCACUGAGGAGAAAUAUAAACAGAUAAACGAGGAGUUUGAUCAUAUGAUCAAAACUUAUAAGAUACCUCAGGGUGUGCCCCCCUCCAACUACGAGAUGCCGGUGUCCAUCCCCGUUAGCAACCAGAACAGUCUCAUCUACAGCCACCCAGGAGGUUCCCUAGGCAACCACAACCUGCUGCCCCUGGCACAGCACAUGCAGAGGACCAGCAUGUCCCCCGGUGUCACACACAGACCUGCCAGUGCAGGUGGCCUCAUGGGUGCUGACCUCACCACUGGUGCGGUUACCAGUGCUGGCAACGGCUACGGGAACCACCACCGUAACUCGCCCGGUCUGCUGGCCUCUCCGGGUAGCAUGAACAAGAGCAUGCAGGCCAAGUCUCCCCCACCCAUGAACCUGGGCAUGAACAACCGCAAGCCAGACCUGCGCGUGCUCAUCCCCCCAGGAGCCAAGAACAACAUGCCCUCCAUGAACCAGAGAAUAAACAACUCCCAGUCAGCACAGUCAUUGGCCACCCCUGUGGUUUCAGUAGCAACGCCCACCCUACCAGGACAAGGCAUGGGCGGUUACCCAUCAGCCAUCUCCACUUCAUACGGUACUGAAUACUCGCUGAGCAGUGCAGACCUAUCCUCCCUGUCCGGCUUUAACAGUGGUAGCUCCCUCCACCUGGGCUCCAUGAGCGGUUGGCAACAACAACACCUCCAGAACAUGCAGCAUUCGGCCCUCAGUCAGCUAGGAAAUUGCAAUAGCAAUCACUUAUGUCAGAGUUCAAAUCUCUCCAUGCCUUCUGCUCAAAGCCUGCACAUCAAGUCCGAACCUGUUUCUCCUCCUAGAGAUCGCACCAGUAGCACGCCGUUGUGCUACGGCAUCCAUCAGCAACAUAACCCGUCGUCCCGCCAGGACUCGGGCCACUCCCCCGUCGACAGCCUGAGCAGCUGCAGCAGCUCCCACGAGGGCAGCGACCGGGACGAGCAUAGGAACGAGUUCCACUCUCCACUGGGACUGUCUCGGCCCGCCAUGGACGAGCGCGAGAGUCCCUCGGUCAAACGUGUGCGCCUGUCCGAAGGGUGGGCCACAUGAUAGCCCAGCGUUGGCCGUUGCCCAAGCCCUGCGACGUAAUGAUUGCCUCGACACCAUCGCCCUCUGUAUCACCACGCGACACGUCACUCACCUCCAGACCCCGUGCUCUCUCUCUUUUUCUCUCUCUCUCUGUUUCAUUGGAGGAAGGGGGGCACGCUUUUCUAAAUUGAACUGUAAUGUUUUCUUUUUGCGGAGUAUGUGUGCUAUACAUAUUGAAGUUCUAUAAAGCAGUGGGGAUGGGACUGGUGAUCCAAGAAAAAAUUGGUGUUGGUUGGGGUUAGGGAUAUUUUUGGUGGGGAGCUAUGCAUUAUUUGUGCCGUGUGAGAAAAAAAUGAUGCAUAUAUAUUUACACGUGUGUGUAUGUGUAAAUAUAUGCAUAUCAACAAAUAAACAACAAAAAAGUCAGGUACUCUGUUUUGUAAAAGUACUUACAACUUGCCUCCGUGAUAAUCAGUGACUAGAGGAAAAUUGAGAGCAUAUGUUGCUGAGCGAACAGCCUAGCACUUGAGUUGGUCAACAUUGGUCAAGUUGGUCAACAUGUGUACAGAGUCAAUUGCAUUGCUACCUUUCUCCGUAGUUCUCCCUUGCAAAAUGUAUGUUACGAUAGAUGAUGUCAUGUUGCAGGUUCAACGUAUUUAUGUAAAUAGAGGGGGCAGGGGCAAAGGGGAGGGGUCAAACGUGGCUAUACAUUACAGAUGAUUCAUAUACAAAAUGAAAGAUAAUAUGCAACAUUUGAAGGAUUGUACAGGUAUACCCCGCAGGCCCAUUGGUAGAUGUGAGGAACCAAGAUGAGAGAACCCAUGCUAAACAAAAAGCUCCUCAUCAAACACGGAGCACAUUGAUAGGACCAUCCUUUUACCCAAGAGCCAUGUUAGUUGAAUCAAGAAACCCUGGGUCUUGUAUGAAAUAUUCAGUAAAAAAAAAACUAUUGUACGAUAGACUUGCUUAUAUUUUCAUAUGAAAGGAAUACAAUGCAAAGCAAUUUUGUGGCUUUUUGUAGUUUCUAUAAGCCAGAAUGUGUUUUUUGAUAGCUUUGCUAAUAUAAGACGGAUAGUCCGAUGAGAAAUUUAAAAACCCUAAGCCAUGAAAACAGACUGAGAACCCAUGCUUAGCUGAACUGUUUUCUCUUUCUAGAGGUUUCGUUUUUAAACGUGUUUCUAAUUAUAUAUAAUAAUGAUAAUAUUAAGAAUCUUAAAAAAAUAAAAAUAAAAAAAAUCUGUGAAAUUAACAUGCUUGUGUAUAGCUUUCUAAUAUAUAAAUAUAUAUAAUAAUGUUUUUUCUUUUCUUUCUUAGUGGAGUUUUCUAUGUGCAAUUGCACAUAUUGUCUGUUUUUUUGUUUUAUUUGAGCCUGGGACAGUGCUGUUCAGAGGCGUAUUUAGUCUAACCUUGAGAACCAGUUGAACAGAGUUGCGUUUGUGAGUAAAUUCAGAAAGAUAGAUCUCUCUGCUGACAAACAACAUAUUUGUGGAAACUGUGUGGGGAUUGGAACUUGGGGUUAAUGCCCAUGCAGGUGACAUGUGUCAUGCCAAAUGAACGUUUUUGACAUCACCCAUGAUGGCCCCUCUGUGCAUGUGUCAUGAUACUCACAGUUUCUACAACAAUAUCCACCAACAUCCUCUUUGAUGGGACUUUGACCCCUGUAAUUCUGUAUAUUUUGAACAUUUUAUUUCCUCUUUUCACUGCAAAUCCUUUGCCAAUUAUUACAACGAGACCCCAAACUUGUGUGCAGGACACCACACAAGUCCAGAUGACAAUAUUUAUUUGAAAGUUCCAAAUUGUAUUCGUGUCAAAUGAUCAAGCUGUUGAGUAUAUCGGUGGUCUAUUGUUAAUCACAAGGAGUUGUGUCAUAUUUGACCCCACUCGGUACAAUCACCAGCUCAGUGUUCCACAACCUCCUCAGCAGUGUUAACAUGAAGCAUUCAAACAAGAUGUUGUAGGAAAAAAUGUACAUGCUGGUUUGGGAGAAGUACAACAGUGGAUUUCAGACAAAUAUAUAUAUAUAUAUAUAUAUAUAUAUAUAUAUAUAUAUAUAUAUAUAUAUAUAUAUAUAUAUAUAUAUAUUAUUAUUUUUUAACAUGAAACUAGUCACAUUUCUCUCUGCCUCUCACUCCUCAGUCUGUUGUCACUCAAGUGUUAUGGUAUUUCUAUGUGCAUAUUUCAUGCGAGUUCACUAUGUUGUUACUGUAUACAGUCUGUGUAGUCAGAAACAGGGGCAGAGCCUCUAACGUGUUCUUUCUUUUUUUUAUUCAAUACAAAUGGUUAAAAAAACAAACAUGAUAUUUCAGGCAGCAUAUGUGUGGAAAACCAAAGCCAGUGGCAUUUCUGUGUUGUAAUAUUAUUCAACUUUAAUUUUCACGUUCAUUUAUGGUUAUUGCAAGCAUUGGAGAAGAAAAAAAAACAAUAAAAGCAUUUGCUCAAAAUGUAGAA